AUGGCGCAAACCCCGGAAACGUUCGAUUUUUCCCCUCAAAGGACCGUCGGCAUGAUGGGGUGCGAUUGCGUUGGGGGGUGGGCAGGCGGCGUGGAGUGGAACGCCGUGGCGCCAAACAUCCUCAUCGGCACCACUCCGCGCGACCAGGCCGCGCUCGAGGCGCUCGCAACGCGGGCGGGAGUGAAUGCGGUGCUUUGCGUGGAGGAGGGCGGGGCGCGGCAGGAGGAGUGGGCGCGGGUGGCGGAGCGCGCGCAGGCCAUGGGCAUGGUGGCUGUCAGCCUGGCGCUCGCUGACGUCAACCAGGACGAACAGGACAUGGCGCUGCCGCGCGCCAUCUCAGCCGUUGAUCUGCUGCUGUCGCGCGGCUACACGGUGCACGUGUGCUGCUCUUCGGGCAACGACAAGGCGCCCCUCGUCGCCCUCGGGUACCUGACGCUGGUGCGCGGGCAGGCGGUGGACGGCGCGCUGGCGGCGCUCAAGGCGGUGCGCCCCUCCAUCAACCCGUACAUGCUGCCGUGGGAGAAGUUGAGGGACAGUCUGAGUGCGGGCGACAGCAAGCGCGUGCUGCAGCUGACGCAGGAGGAGUUUCGGCGGCGGCUGGCGGCCAAGGAGGGCGGCACGCACGCCAACGACUGGCAGGUGGCCUUAGCGCGCGUGGCGGCCGACCGCUUCCGCCACCGCCUCGCCGCCGACCACUCCCUCGUGCACCAGCUCUGCCAGGCGGCAGCAGAGGCAGCAGGAGGAGCAAGAGGAGGUCACAGCAGCAGUGGGAGCAGCGAUGAAGUCAGAUCACUUAAGAUGCUACUGGAGGGCGCCAACUCGCGGGUGCAGACAGCGGACGCGGCGGCGGCAGCAGCCAAGGACCGAAUCGACUUCUUCUUCCGCCAGGUCACGGCGCUCAAGGCGCGCGAGGAGGCGGCGCGCAAGCAGGCGCGCGUGGCGGAGCGCCGAGUGGAGGCGCUGCUGCGGGAACUCGACGAGCAGCGCCGCCGCGCCGCCGAGGACGCGGACCGGCAGGCCGAGGAGCGGCGCCGCGACGUGCAGACCGGGCGCGUGCAGGCGCUGACCGCGGAGGAGGCGGGGGAGCUGGUGGGGCGCGUGGUGGAGCUGGAGGGGCUGCUGUCUCAGACGCGCGCCGCCCUGCAGGCCGCCACGGACCGCAACGAGUUCUUCCUGCGCCAGCUCAGCGCCAUCCGCGAGAGCGAGAAGAAGUCGCGCACGUCCGCGCGCGCAGCAGACCGGCGGUACUUUGCGAUCCUGCGGCGCGUGGAGGAGCUGGGGCGCAAGGAGGCAUCGGCGAAGCAGGUGGCGGAGGAGGCGCAGCGGCGGUACGAGAGCAUGGCGUCAGAGCUGCAGGGGCUGGGGUCGGUGGGCGACAUCAAGGAGCGGCUGGAGGAGCUCAACAGCAAGGUGGCGGAGCUCAAGCGCAAGGAGGCGCAGGCCGAGGCCGCCACUCGCGCCGCGCUUGAGAGAGUGGCAGUUCUCUCAGAGCAGCUGGAGGAGGCGGCGGCGCGCGAGGCGGAGAUCAGGGACAGCGAGAGGAGCGCGCGCGAGCGGGCGGAUGCACUGGAGGUGAGGGUGGACGCGCUGGUGAGCGACCUGCAGGCCGCCAAGGCCGCAGCAGCGACGGCGGAGCGGUCGGUGGGGGAGAUCUCCAAGGAGGUGGCCAAGCUGAGGGAGAGAGAAGCCGCGGCGGACGAGGCGAUCCGGCGGUACGAGGCGGUGAGCGGGCAGGUGGGGGCGCUGCAGGCGCGGGACGCGGGCACGCGGCAGGAGAUCGACGCGGCGAACCGGCGCAUCGGAGUGCUGUCGGAGCAGAUCGUGAACCUGACCCGGCGCGAGACGGAGCUGCAGGAGGCGCUGCAGACGGCGAACGACCACAUCUCGUUCCUCUCCACGCGCGUGUCGGAGCUGAUCGAGCGCGAGGAGGAGGCCAAGGCGCAGGCGCAGCGGGCGGACGCGCGCGUGGCGGAGCUGCACAGCGAGGUGGCGGCCGUGCAGCAGCGCGAGGCCGUGGCGGUGAGGGAAGCCGAGGCGGCGAGUCGCAAGCUGGCGCUGGUGGAGGAGAGCGAGGCGGCGGCGGUGGAGGCGGCCAUGCGCGCCAAUGCGCGCGUGGAGGAGCUGUUCCGGCAGGUGGAGGACGUGGAGCAGCGCGAGGCGGCCGCCAAGGCGGCUGCCAAGGCGGCGUAUGAGCGGCUGGCGGAGAUGAGCGAACGGCUGGCUGCGGCUGAGGAGAGGAGUGCUGCGGCGGAGAGAGGCAGAGGGGGGGCUGGGCAGGGGAGGGACAGUGCGGCGCCAUGGGAUGCUGCGGUGGUGUUUGACUCUCGCACUGCUGAACCCGUGCCCGUGCGGUCAUCGCCGUCAUCAACCUCAUCUGUGAACGGCACGGCCCUGCCGCCCUCCUCCUUCAUCGCCCAGCAGCUCUCCCCACCCACCGCCACCCCCGCCUCCCCACCCCACACGCCGCAAGAGCGGGAGGAGCAGAGGCGAGUGGAGGAGGAGGUGGAGGAGACGCGGAGGGCGCUGGGGGCGAUGGUGGACGAGUGUGUGGGGCUGUUCCUGGGCCAGGUGGCGGCGCUGCGCGAGCGCGAGCAGGCGUCGAAGCAGGCCCUGGCGGCGGCGAACCAGCGCAUCGAGGAGCUGAGCACGCAGGUGGCUCUGCUGGCCGCCCGUGAGGACGCCGCCAACGCCGAGGCCGAGGCGUUCGCUGGCCAGGUGACGGGGCUGGUGAUGCGCAUAGCGGAUCUGAACGAGGAGCUGGAGGCGGCGGAGAGGAGGGAGGCGGAGCUGGCUGACGCCCUCACUGCUGGCGGGUCGGGAGGCGGGCUGCCAGGCCUGCUCAAGCAGGACCCACAGAAGCUGAUAGCGGAGCUGGAGGCGGCGCGGCGGCGGGCGGAUGAGCUGGCAGCGGAGGUGGAGGAGGCACGGCGCACAGCGGAGGACAUCAGUGAGAGCAUCUUCAACGCGCGCAAGAAGUCCCUGCAGGAACAGCAGCAACGGGAGGAGCUGGUGGCGGAGGUGCUGUCGCUGAAGGAGGCGAUGGAGGCGAUGAGGGAGAGGGACGAGGCCAUCGCCGUGUGGAAGCAGCAGCUCGCAGAGCAAGCAGAGUACCUCGACUCGCUCAUGGCGGAGGGGCAGGUGGACCAAUCUCAGCGGGACAUGUUGCGGGCAGCAGUGAGGGAGAUUCAGUUAGGAUCUGGUGACCAGGCAUUCUCUGCUGUGUGA